GUAAUUUGAGGCGGUCAACACUAAAAACUGACGCAGGAUGACCACUGAAAAUGGUGAGAUUCGCCGUCCAACUAUUGCUGAUCGUGAGGAUGAAUAUCGUUCGCGUCGUCGAUUGCUGAUGAUUUCUCCAGCAAGAGUAGACCCGUUCGCUGACGGUAUGUAUACAAACAGCGUUUUUAUUGUUUAUCAUCAUUUAUCCUUAAGUUAUUACCCCAUCUAAGAACGAAUUUUUCUUUUUUGUAUAGCGAUGUGGUGUCCAGCGGGGCUUAUUUUUUGUGUAAGGUUAGGGCGUUUGGUAAGUGCAUAUGAUUAGGUGAUUGUUUAGUUCUUAUACAUUCUACGCAAUCCAAACUCUUUUACAGCGAUUUCGCAUCAUUCAACCUUGAAGCAAUCUCUUGGUUCGGAAACGAUGGCCCGGGAUAAACCCAUCACGUGCGUCAUUUUUUAUGAUGUUAAAUUAUGUGUAUAGUUCUCUAAUGCCUAAUUUGUCUUUGCUUCUUUUUAUUUAUAUUUAUUUCUGCGCACCACUGACAAAUAAUUUGAUGAAUUGGCGUUUGUAGGCGACCAAACACCGGAUCACCGUCUAUCAACGUACAAAGAUAUCAUGCUUAAUCAGCAACUCACCAAGGAACAACGAGCAUUGCAGGCAGAGAUAGCCGAAAGAGGUAAAACUGGGACGCUACGAAUGGACUCAGAAGUUCCCACGAAAAGACGUAGAUGGGAUCAGCCUACCACAGAUGUCAACGGGACUAAGAAUGAUGCACUAACUCCUGCUGCUACUCCAUCAACUCCUUCGAAGCGUUGGGGAGAUGACGCACUCACUCCUUCACGUCCACCCUCUACACUUACAGGAGUCUCAACCCCUGGAAGCCGGUCACAGUGGGAUGACACUCCCGGGAGAGCAAAAGACCCUGGCGCAACCCCUGGACAAAGCGUUAGGCAAUGGUCAGAAACUCCCCACUUUGCAGCUACCCCAGGUCGAGAAACAGGAAGUUCUGCAUUUGGUGGGACACCUAGUGCUAGACGUAACCGUUGGGACGAAACUCCUCACACUGAAAGGUAUGGUGCCGAUACACCAGGUCAUGGUGCUGGAUGGGCAGAAACCCCCAGAGCUGAUCGAACUCCUGGCGGUGUAGAGUCAAUUCAAGACACACCAUCUUCAAUGGUUUAUGGACCAGGCUCCACUCCAUCAAGCAUUGCUGCUGCGGCCGCACUUGCCGUUAAGCGCAGAUCUAGAUGGGACGAAACUCCACUAAAAGCAGGAUCAACUCCAGGUGGUUUAACACCAUCUCAGACUCCGGGCAGCUUCACACCGUCAAGUGCUAUGGGCGGGAUAACACCAGGAGCAACUCCUGGAGGCUUUAAUGCGGCCAGCGCUUUCACUCCUUCCGGAACUACUCCAACAGGUUUACGGGCUAUGGCUAUGGCCACACCAAAUUUCGGGUCUGCUGCCAUAACAAUACCAGGAGCAGGAAUCCCAAUGACUCCCGAACAGUUACAAGUAUAUGCUUGGCAGAAGGAGAUCGAUGAUCGAAACAGACCUCUAACUGAUGAGGAUUUAGAUGAGUUGUUGCCUCCAGGUUAUAAGAUCAUGCCACCGCCCGCCGGUUACGUCCCAAUAAGGACUCCUGCUCAUCGAUUGGUAGCAACACCAACUCCAAUGAUUGGAGGGACUCCAAUGGGCUUUAGAAUCGGCACACCUGAUAUUGGAACAACAGCUGGGUUUGGUAUGAAUGCAACUGGAGGUAAUGCUGCGGCUCUUGGUGACAUGCAACCGAAAGGAGCUAAUUUACCCAUGAUGAGACCUGAUGAUCUACAGUAUUUUGAUAAACUGCUACAAGAUGUCGAUGAGGACACUCUUCCACCCGAGGAGGCACGUGAAAGAAAGAUAAUGACAUUUUUACUCAAGAUAAAAAAUGGUACUCCUCCAAUGCGUAAGUCAGCCCUAAGGCAAAUCACUGAGAAAGCAAGGGAAUUCGGUGCAGGACCUCUGUUCAAACAAAUAUUACCCCUUCUGAUGUCUCCUACAUUAGAAGAUCAAGAACGCCAUUUGUUAGUGAAGGUCAUCGAUCGUAUUUUGUAUAAACUGGACGAUCUUGUCCGCCCUUUUGUGCACAAAAUUUUGGUUGUUAUUGAACCUCUACUUAUUGAUGAAGAUUAUUACGCUCGUGUCGAGGGGCGUGAAAUAAUAUCUAAUCUCGCAAAAGCUGCCGGACUCGCUACUAUGAUUUCUACUAUGCGUCCCGAUAUUGAUAAUAUGGACGAAUAUGUGCGUAAUACAACUGCAAGAGCGUUUGCUGUCGUUGCAUCAGCUCUAGGAAUCCCUAGUUUGUUGCCAUUUUUAAAAGCCGUUUGCAAAUCUAAAAAAUCUUGGCAAGCUAGACAUACUGGCAUCAAGAUUGUUCAACAAAUAUCCAUCCUUAUGGGUUGUGCAAUUCUACCGCAUUUACGGUCUUUAGUGGAAAUUAUUGAACACGGGUUAGUUGAUGAACAACAAAAAGUUCGCACCAUUACAGCAUUAGCUUUGGCCGCUCUUGCUGAAGCAGCCACUCCUUAUGGCAUAGAAUCAUUUGACUCAGUUUUGGAACCUUUGUGGCGUGGUAUAAGAACUCAUCGAGGCAAAGGUUUAGCCGCUUUCCUAAAAGCUAUUGGCUACCUCAUCCCCCUAAUGGAUGCAGAGUAUGCCAAUUAUUAUACCCGUGAAGUUAUGUUAAUUUUAAUCCGUGAGUUUCAGUCUCCUGAUGAAGAAAUGAAAAAAAUUGUUCUUAAAGUAGUCAAGCAGUGUUGUGCAACAGACGGUGUCGAACCUGAUUAUAUUAAGUCGGAAAUUCUACCACCGUUUUUCCGUAGCUUUUGGACACAACGUAUGGCUCUAGAUCGGCGCAAUUACAGACAGCUGGUUGAUACAACUGUGGAAAUAGCAAAUAAAGUCGGUGCAGCUGAUAUCAUCUCUAGAAUUGUAGAUGACCUCAAAGAUGAGUCCGAACCUUAUCGUAAAAUGGUGAUGGAGACUAUCGAAAAAGUUAUGUCUGCACUAGGAAGCACAGAAGUUGAUGCUCGACUUGAAGAGCAAUUAAUCGAUGGUAUAUUAUAUGCUUUCCAGGAACAAAGUACCGAAGACGCUGUCAUGUUGAUUGGUUUUGGAACUAUUGUACAAUCACUUGGUAAACGUGUUAAACCGUACUUGCCCCAAAUAUGUGGUACAAUCUUAUGGCGUCUUAAUAACAAAUCGGCUAAAGUUCGUCAGCAGGCAGCCGACCUUAUUAGUCGUAUCGCUGGUGUAAUGAAAGUGUGUCAAGAAGAAAAACUAAUGGGUCAUUUGGGUGUAGUUUUAUAUGAAUACCUUGGUGAAGAAUAUCCAGAAGUACUUGGAAGUAUUUUGGGUGCCCUUAAGGCUAUUGUAAAUGUAAUUGGUAUGACCAAAAUGACUCCUCCAAUUAAAGAACUUCUGCCAAGAUUGACACCAAUAUUGAAAAACAGGCAUGAAAAAGUAGAAGAAAACUGUAUCGAUCUUGUUGGACGAAUAGCAGACCGUGGGUCGGAGUAUGUCUCUUCUAGAGAAUGGAUGCGUAUCUGCUUUGAACUCUUGGAAUUAUUAAAAGCACAUAAAAAAUCAAUUCGACGAGCAACUGUCAACACUUUUGGUUAUAUUGCCAAAGCAAUCGGUCCACAUGAUGUUUUAGCGACUCUGUUAAAUAAUUUAAAGGUGAGUUGUUUAAAGCUUAUUUGUCAAAGCCAGUUACAGUCUAUUUGUUGUUAUCUUCUUCACUUUCAUUUGUGUUUUCCGUUUUAAUACUCUUAAUUUUUCUCUUCAGGUUCAAGAGCGUCAAAAUCGUGUUUGCACAACUGUUGCCAUUGCUAUUGUUGCAGAGACAUGUAGUCCAUUUACUGUUUUACCCGGUCUUAUGAAUGAAUAUAGGGUCCCUGAACUAAAUGUUCAAAAUGGUGUUUUAAAAUCACUGGCUUUCAUGUUCGAGUACAUUGGUGAAAUGAGCAAAGACUACAUAUAUGCCGUAACUCCUCUGUUAGAAGAUGCACUAAUGGACCGGUAACUAAAAAUUUUUUAAUAUACUCUUUUUCUAUGCGGUUUGCUGACCUAAUGUAUUUUUCCUUUUAGUGAUCUUGUGCACAGACAAACUGCAAUGACUGCAGUAGCUCAUAUGGCUCUUGGUGUAUAUGGGUUUGGGUGUGAGGAUGCUCUUCUGCAUCUCCUGAACGUCGUUUGGCCUAAUGUCUUGGAAACUUCACCACAUGUCAUUCAGGCUUUCAUGUUUUGCAUUGAAGGUCUCCGUGUUGCACUUGGUCCUAACAAAGUACUUCAGUAUUGUCUUCAAGUAAGUUCUGCCUAAAUAUGAGAUAUUUAAAUCUGUUGGACAAAGUUUUUAUUAGAGAAUCUUCAUUAAGUUUUCCUAUUUCUAGCCAAGGUAUUGGAAACAAUUAGUCUUUAAUUAUUAUUUUGCACUUACACUUACCAAGAAAGAGAUAAACAUUUUCAUAAGUGUUUUGAAUAUCUUUGUCCUACCGCUUCUGAAUGAGGCUAUAUUCUCCUUCAAACAAAAAACGACAUGGUGUGCAAAAAAUCACCCUUUUGAAUUAAAAAAAAAGAUCUUUCACAACUGUUAAAAACAAUCAUACAUAAGUCGAAACAAAUGUGAUAUUUUUACCAUGAUUACGAAGACGAUAAACGGUCCCUAGAAUCAAUUUCCUCCAACUUUUAAGCUUUUUUUGUCAGCUUGGUUGAAAACUUUCGAUCCACACAUAUCAUACGCUAUUCUUCUUUUUGAAAAAUAUAUUGUUUAUUUUUAACAGGAUAUUUUACAUAUUUUUGUGUUUUUCGUUCCUCUCAGGGCUUAUUCCAUCCUGCUAGGAAAGUGAGAGAUAUGAUGUGGAAAGUGUACAAUACUAUUUACAUUGGUAAUCAAGAUGGCUUAGUUUAUGGUUUCCCACGUAUUCCUGACGAACAAGAUCACACUUAUAUCCGACAUGAAUUGUCUUAUAUUUUGUGAAAAUGUAUUUGUCAGUAUGAUCACAACCCUAUUUACUUCUUAUUUUCACUCCCAGACUUUAUGUUUUGUUACUAUUGCAUUCUUGUCCUUCAAAUAAGUUCCUGAUAUCAGGAUCUAUUAACUCCUACGGUUUUACACAUCGUCGUGGUCUUGUAUUUAAACCAAUUUUUUUCGGAUUAAUAAAUCAGUUAAAUUG